AUGGCUUCCAAACUCUCCUAUAUUUCGAGAAAUUUACAUCAUUUAAUUGAAAAAUAUUCAUCUAUUCCUUAAAAAUUAAUAGAAUAUUCAAUAUUUAAAAGUGUAUACUGUCCAUCGAAGGCCGCCUUCCCCGAGAUAUAUUUGGAGUUCUUCAAUUUAAACUUACAAGAUUGGAAAAUGGAAUUAGGAAUUUCUAUGAUAAAUUAUGAUGAUGAUAAAAGUAGUAAUGUUUAAAUUGCUGCUUGUCUCAACAAUUUGUGUUAAGUAUGUUGA